GUUCAUUUAGAUCGUUAACAUCUGGAAUUACAGAGUUUUAAUUCGUUAAAAUAAAUGUUCCUUAUAUAAUAUCUAAUGUUUUUCAUUGUAGGAGGAAGUUGCAUCUCUGUCUCAUCCUCACCUGUCGAGCAGUGCCCACAUAUUCUGUAUUCAACUGGUUGCCAUGAUGUUUGUUUGUUGUCUUUCAUGCAGUUUACCAGCAGAUGGUGCCAUAACCAAAGUAUGAAAAUACACAGAGAGGAAAGCAACGAACUGAAUCCCAACACAUAAUACCGAUCACUACAAUAUUUUAUAAAAGAAUAAUACAAUACAACUAAGCAGAUUAUGUUAAAAUGUUUUUCCUGGUUAAUAUACUGGCAUCGUUGGAUUGACUGAACCUUACAAGUUGACUACAACUACUUCAGAUAAUAUCUGUAGCUGUACAUGGGAAUCAUACUACAACUCAUCUGGUUUUCUCAUUAGUGGGCGACAGUGGAAAAGUAAAACAAUCUCAUUUGGGACUUUUUUAAGCCCAACACACAAAGCAGUGAGGCAAAAAUCAAACUGUAUUAAAUCUCCCCCAGCUGAGAAUAAGACGAUAUUAACUGCCUCAAACUUAUUGAAAGGUACUUUAUUUUGAUUAAUAGCCAUGUUGAUAUCAGGUUUUCCUCUCCGUGUUGCUCAGUUUUAACCCCACACUGCUCCAAUAUUCCAAUAAUAUCCCUAAUAGGAUCUCAUUCAGUCGAACAGGAGAGUCAGGAAAGUCCUUUCGGUCAGUCAUCAAGCUCUGAACUGGACCGGCGCUGAAAUGUUGGAGCGGCCCCAGAGCCCCCGACUGACACACACAGAGUAUCAGCUCAUCUGAUGGUCCUCACUUUAUCUCAGCCCGGUUUAUAGCAGACCAGAUUCCGCGAAAUGCCACCCAAAGACCCACAGCUGACUGGACUACAAGCACUGACUGCAGCUAAAUGAGACUCUAGGAUGGAAAUGUUGCCGAGGGGAAACCUGAGGAGAGGAGUGGCGCUCUGCCUGCUGCUGUUGGCUCUCGUAGGCGAGGCCACAGGCCAGAGGAGAAAGACAGGACGCAGGAACAACUACAGGCUGCACGAUGAUGGAGGAAAUGGUCUGAUGUGUUCACUGGAGGUGGCUUUCAUCCUGGACAGCUCAGAGAGUGCAAAAAUAUUCCUGUUUGAGAAGCAGAAGGCCUUCGUGUUGAGCUUCAGCACUCGCCUCGCUAUGCUGCAGGUAGCCGGCUGGACGCUGAAGGUGCGAAUGGCCGCGCUUCAGUACAGCAGCUCCGUGUCCAUAGAGCACCGGUUCUCAGCCUGGAAAGACCUGGAUUCAUUCCACGGCCGAGUCAGCACCAUGAACUACAUCGGCCAUGGCACCUACACCACCUACGCCAUCACCAACGCCUCGCAGCUGCUGGUGCAGGAGACUCCGGAGGACAGCGUCAGGGUUGCAGUGCUGAUGACCGACGGGGUCGACCAUCCCCGUAACCCCAAUGUGAUUGCAGCUGCAGCAGAGGCCAAAGGUCACGGCAUAAAGUUCUUCACUGUAGGUCUAUCAGACAUCGCCCAGCAGAGUCAGAACAACGCCAAGCUACGCGCCAUCGCCAGCACCCCGGCUCAGCAGUUUGUCCAAAGUCUUCUUAAUCCUCAGCUGGAGGAGAAGCUGCUCAAAGAGAUGAGUGCAGUCGUAUUUGAAGGGUGUCCAAAGGCUCAAGUGUGUUUGUGUGAAAGAGGAGAGAGGGGCCUUGCAGGAAGUCCAGGUAGAAAAGGGGACCAAGGCUUCAGAGGGCCACCUGGUCUAAAAGGUUCGAGGGGAGAGCCUGGAUUGAAUGGUCAACCUGGAAAUGAUGGUCCGGAGGGCCGACCAGGUUAUAAAGGCAACAAGGGGGAGAGAGGAGACUGUGGCACUCCUGGGGAAAAGGGUGACAUCGGACCCGAGGGACCUCCAGGCCUGCGAGGACCAAAAGGAGAACAGGGUGCGAUCGGACCGCCAGGAGACAUGGGCCCCGAUGGCCCAGCCGGACCUAAAGGAGACAGAGGGCCCAGUGGUGCUUCCGGACCACCAGGAGACAUUGGUAUCGGAUUCCCAGGAGCCAAGGGUGAAAAAGGCAUUCAGGGAAGAGCAGGUCCCACAGGACCUGUUGGGAUUGGAGAACCAGGACUACCAGGUCCCCCAGGACCACCUGGAGCACAGGGAAAUGUGGGACCACCUGGAGAAGGUUUUCCAGGGCCAAAGGGUGAUCGAGGAUUCGAUGGUCCAAGGGGCAAUCGUGGAGUUCCUGGUGUCGGGAUCAAAGGUGACAAGGGCAGUCAGGGGCCGCCUGGGAUCUCCGGUCCAGUUGGUGUGCCUGGUAUAGGACUUCAAGGAGAAAAGGGUGAUCUAGGUCCAGUCGGACCUGCAGGCCCCAGAGGAAUUCCAGGUAUUGGACUAACAGGACCAAAGGGGAGUCAGGGACCCUCAGGUGAACCUGGACUGCCAGGUGAGAGAGGUGUGGGAGAACCAGGACCCAAAGGUGAGCCAGGGUCGGAGGGGUUACCAGGAAUACCAGGUCAGCCAGGAGACGAUGGAGCCCCGCGGACAAAAGGUAACAUUGGGUUACCGGGGCUCAGAGGACCAGACGGCGCUCCUGGUAAAGGCGCACCUGGAGAGAGGGGAGACAAAGGGGACAGGGGGACCAGAGGCCAGCCUGGUGCAGUCGGUCCUGUGGGGCCAGCGGGGGCAAAGGGGGAACCAGGAAUUAUGGGGCAACCGGGAUUAAUUGGACCACCAGGGAGGGGUUUACCCGGUGCAAAGGGAGAACCAGGUCCACAAGGUGCAACUGGAGCUGUGGGAGAACCGGGGAUAGGUUUACCUGGACCGAAGGGAGACGUUGGGUCACCAGGGCCUGCUGGGCUACCUGGACUGAAAGGUGACGGUUACCCCGGCCCUCCAGGACUUCCAGGGCCUCCUGGUCUGACAGGAGAGACUGGAGCAGAUGGCAUCGGUUUACCUGGACCAAAGGGGGACAGAGGCUUACCCGGACCUCCUGGACCUGCUGGACCUCCAGGGAUUGGCCUACUUGGUUCCAAGGGUUCAGUUGGCCGAACGGGACCACCUGGUCCUCAGGGUUUACCAGGAGAGGGCAUCCAAGGACAAAAGGGGGAGUCUGGAUUUCAGGGGAUCCCCGGUCCCAGAGGUCCUCCUGGACAAGGUCUGCAGGGGGACAAGGGGGAUCGAGGGUUCAGAGGUGAAAAAGGCAAAAAGGGGGACAAAGGAGAAGGUGGAGAAGCUGGAGCCAAUGGACCUAUGGGUAGAGUGGGACAAAAGGGAGAUCCUGGACUUACAAGGGAAGAAAUCAUUAAAAUAGUGAGAUCCAUCUGCAGUUGUGGAGUGACAUGCCGCCAAACCCCCUUGGAGCUUGUUUUUGUGAUCGACAGCUCUGAGAGCGUCGGGCCCGACAACUUCAACGUAAUCAAAGACUUCGUAAACGCCCUGAUCGACCGAGCCUCGGUCAGCAGGGACACCACGCGGGUCGGUGUGGUCCUUUACAGCCACAUCAACAUUGUGGUGGUCAACCUCAGACAGGAAGCCACUCGGGAUGAGAUCAAGUCGGCGGUGCGCUCCAUGACCUACCUGGGUGAGGGUACGUUCACGGGCAGUGCCCUCCAACAGGCCAACCAGUUGUUCAAGGCGGCUCGGGCAGGUGUGAGGAAGGUAGCCAUCAUCAUCACGGACGGGCAGCCUGACAAAAGAGACGCGGUCAGUCUGGAGAGCGCCGUGUCGGAAGCUCAAGGGAAUAACAUUGAGAGGUUUGUGAUCGGGGUGGUGAAUGAGAGCGAUCCUCUGUCUGAGGAGUUCAAGAAGGAGCUCAGUCUCAUGGCUUCUGACCCCGACAGCGACCACGUGUACCUGAUUGAUGAAUUCAAAACACUUCCAGCUCUGGAGAGGAAAUUGCUCAGUCGUAUCUGUGAGGAUGGAGAGAGACAUAUGUUCAGCUCCAUCCCAAGCUCCAGGCUGCCACCAGGAAUCCCCGAGGUCUCCAAUAAUGUUCGAGAACCUCCAUACAGAACCGAUACAGACACACCCACCUUCACAGGAGACUUCAGGAGAGUUCAGAUGGUGCCCCGUCCUCCGGGGUCACAGCCCGACAGAGAGCCCAUCGCUCCGCUGAGGCCAAAGACAGACGACAGAUCCUCCUCAGAAAUUCAGAGAUUUCCACUCUUCGACAGGGAGCCCUUCAGACCUGUAACAGAGUUUCUCCCACAGUUUGAUAUGAAGGACCCCACAAACCGUAUGGUGAUGACGGGAGCCAUCGGGCCGGCGGGUCCCACUCCGAGGACCCCACCUGAGGAGAAGACGCCGCCGCCGACUCUUGUACUGCUGCCCUCUGACACCUACGUAUCAGCGGAGCGCUGCAACCACCUCUUGGAUCCAGGACCGUGCCGGGACUACGUGGUAAAGUGGUACUACGACGCCACCGCUAAUUCCUGCGCUCAGUUCUGGUUCGGAGGCUGUCUAGGAAACGGCAACCGGUUUGAGACUGAGAAGAGCUGCAGAGAAACCUGCAUCAAGGUCUAACAUGUGCGUGCAGUCACAAACGUACACGUUCGUAAAUGCUCAUAAAACAUUUUGCUGCGACUUCACGCCAUGAAGCACUUCAUCGUCAGUACCUUAGUAUUUUACUCGUAGUUACUUUGACAUGGAUGGGGAAACAGCAAAUGUUAUCAAAGAGGCAUCAUUAAACUAAAUUAGCCUGAAAUGGAGGGAAAGGUUGAAACUGUUCAGAAGGGUAGGUACUGUUAAAUGUUUUUUUUCCUGUUGGCCAGAGAGAUUUUGUGUAUUAAUUGUGUGAAUCAAGCCAGGUUAAUGCAGAGAAUGAUGUCUAAGACGUUACUUACAGUUCUGUUAAAAAAACAAACUCUGUAACCACUAACCUUUCUAUUCAGAAAAAAGUAACCCUUUUGUAUGAUUCAGUGGUGUAUUUUUCUACUUAAUGUCUUACGUUUUUUUUUGUUUCUGGUUUUUUUUUAAUACUGUGAAAUGUCAUUAAACAGAAAAAACAAAACAAAUAAACGUAUAACUUCAUGAA